UCACUUGCCAAAUUCCUAUAUAGAAUCCUGAAAUGGCAUUGCCUGCACACCACCCAAUCAGUAACCCAUAAUUUCAGGUGCAAAUGCAAAUUAUUUGCCUUAUAAACAAGGCCUCCCCUCCCAAUCCCAUCUCCUACUAAUGCUAUUUCUGCCAUUUUUUCACCCCCUUUAGAGCUUAACCUAAAACAAUGAGCCCUUCCCCUUCCUUCCAUGAUCACCAUGCAAAACCUAAUAAUAACACCACCAGUAUGCUAUGCCCUCCUCCCUUGAAAGUGAGCAAGGACUCCCACACGAUCAAGAAAUCCUCCUCCUCCACAUUAUCAUCACCGCCGUCCUCGUCUUGCUCCUUCUCCUCCUCCGCCUCCUCAUUAGCCGUUGCAGGCCCUGCCAAGCCGCCCCAGCAGCGUCAUCCCGUGAUCAUCUAUACACAUUCGCCGAAAAUAAUACACACGCAUCCUAGGGAUUUUAUGGCGUUGGUGCAAAAGCUGACCGGCCUAUCGCAUUCGAGCCUUGAUCAGGCGCCUCGAGCAAAACAAAAAGAGGGUAAACUAUCGUCAGAGGAUGAAAAUAAUAAGAGCAGGAUGAAGAUCGUGGGAAACGAUGAUAAUGAAUCAUCUUCGGUGAUUACAGAGGAGAACAAUUGUGGGAAUAAUAGUAGUAUAGGGGAUGGACAAGUCAAUUCAUGUUUCGUGCCUCCAAUUUUUGAGCCACCAAAUCCUUACAUCACUAACAUUCCGGUUUUUACACCAAAUUCAGCUGAUUUUUUAUGUGCAAAUCAGCCUUUUUAUAAUAACUAUACAGAUUCUUUAUUUUUUAGCACACCUAAUAAUAUGAUGAUGAGGACCUCCAUUUCAUCUUCUCCAUCAACCUUGGAGGGGAUUAAUGAGUUCCGCGAAUACUAGAUAUUUUCUUUUUUCUUUUUUUUUUACAUUUUUCAUUUCAUUGUUAUGUUUUAGAAGAUUUUUCUUUUGAUAGAUUCUUUUAAAUUAUUUUUUCUA